GUAAAUAUAUAUACAAAGCCUCAGCUAAGAUUUCAACAUCCAAAACCAAAAUCUCUCUCUUCUCUUUUACAAAUAUUAAAUAGAAAAAAAAAACAUUAAUCAAUGGAGUCACCAAGCCUUCCGACGGCAAAAGACUGGACCACCACCAGUCUCCACCGUGUACUAUGUAUGCAAGGCGGCGAAGGUGACGUAAGCUACGUCAACAAUUCCGAUUCCCAAGCUUUGGCUAUAACCUUAUGCAAACCAAUCCUUAUCUCAUCUCUCCAAUCCAUCAAACUAUUAUUGGACGACCACCCAUCUCCGAUCAUCAGAAUAGCCGAUCUUGGCUGCGCCACCGGCUCCAACACUUUCUCUAAUGUCGAUAUAGUGGUCGAGACUUUAAGCCGGGGAUACACGGCGGUGUACGGUGGUGGAUUGCCGGAGUUUGAGGCUUUCUUCUGUGAUUUGCCUUCUAAUGACUUCAACAUGUUGUUCAGAUUGUUGACUGAGAAACAGAAAGUUGAAUCGUCCAAGUAUUUCGCCUGCGGCAUCGCUGGCUCGUUCUAUGAUCGGCUUUUUCCGAGAGGAACGAUCCACGUCGCUGUGAGCUUAAGUGCCUUACACUGGCUCUCUCAGAUACCUGAGAAAGUAUUGGAGAAGAGAUCAAAAACGUGGAACAAAGGGAAAACGUGGAUCGAAGGAGCGGAGAAAGAAGUGGUUGAUGCAUUCGCAGAGCAGUCAGACAAAGAUUUGGAUGAUUUUUUAAAGUGUCGGAAAGAAGAAAUGAUUAAAGGAGGAGUGUUGUUUGUGUUAAUGGGUGGUCGUCCUUCAGGCUCAAGUAGUCAAUUUGGAGACCAAGGUUCUCGAGCAAAACAUCCUUUCACAACUACUAUGGAACAAGCUUGGCAAGAUUUAAUAGAUGAGGGUUUGAUAGAGGAAGACACAAGAGACGGAUUCAACAUUCCGGCGUACAUGAGAAGCCCGGAGGAAGUGGCGGCCGGAUUCGACCGUAUCGGUGGUUUCAAGAUAGAGACAAUGGAAUACCAGAAAAUAGUUGAACACUCGGAUGAGAAAAAAGAAGAGUGGAAGAAAGAUCCGGUUUCUUACGGACGAGCCAGGACCAAUAUGGUUCAGUCUGCUGUUCGUCCUAUGGUCGAUGCCUAUCUUGGACCAGACUUAUGCGAUGAGCUCUUCAAAAGAUAUGAAAACCGGGUCGCCACAACCCAAGAGUUUCUCCAUAUAACUUGCUUCUUUGGAGUCGUCGUGGUUUCUGCUACCCGAAUUUGAUUUUGAUUAAUUAAUUUAUUUUUAUAUGUAUGACUCUCGAAACUAAGUAUGUUUAUUCGUAUUUAUACAUGAGAGGUUUGUGGGUAGUUUUAAUAUUAGAUGAAUGUAUCAUGUCAUGCGUGUACUUGCUUGAGUACGUGUACAUGAAACAUGUAGGGCUGAUAUAAGCCCGAAACAUAUUUAUGUUCCCCAUAAGUACUUUUAUUUUCAUACCGCAAAAGCCUAACUAAGCCAGAUUUUAACCA